AUGUUUCGACGCAUAUCCUUUUUGGGAAGUGGGGUUGCUUUUUACAGGCCUGUUUCAUCUGGGAGCGAUGGGACAUCUCGUUUCCCUCCUAGUAGUCCGGGCGAUGGUGUUGGAAACCUAGGCCAAGGAGCGAAGACUGUGAAGCAAGAGUAUUCCGGACCUAUUCCAGGGGCCACUGGAAAGGACAAUCGUCCAGGGGUGUACGGCUCAAAACCUGCGCCUAGUUAUUUUGAGGAACGCUACCCAAGAAGUCAAAAGAAACUUCCCAGUAAACAAGUAUUGGGAUCUAAUGAACCUCGGGAUCGUUCUGAUAAUAUCAAUGCACCUGAAUAUGAUACUUCUCUUGGGAAAUUUGAGCAAGCUCCCUAUUUUACGGGUGGUCCUGCCGCUAUGCGGUAUCAUAACUAUGUCCGGGAACCUGCCGAUAAAGAAUCUGUGAAUUAUCGUGAUGUAGUUCCACUACCACCAUUUGAAGACCAUCACCCUGAUUUCUCGUACGCAUCUGUAACUGGGAAGCGGGAGGGAAACAUCACUUUAUUAGCCAAUACUGUUGUGAAUUGGGAGAUAAAGGCAGCCAUGAUGUCCCUUUAUCGAUCUUGCCUUAAAGGUCUCCCCAUGGUGAAACACUACUAUUGGCUUCUUACACCGCUGCCCGAUAUGAAGUAUAAGGUCCGCGAACGUUUCAUGCAAAAUCAACAUACAAAGGAUCCUGAUGCAAUUCGACAUUUACUUCAUAAUGGUUGGAUGGAGUACCAAGAGGUCAUUCUUUUUCGACGUAGUCGUGCCACUGUGGCAAAAUUUUUUGAGUGGGAAAGCCAAGAUGAGCUUGUGCGUGGUUAUACAGGGGAAGAAGGUAAGAUGCAGGAGGAGCGACGCUUUUGGAAUGGUGAAGAGCAAAGACGCGAAGGUCCUUUUGAUGGGCAUUGGUCUUGGUUAGGAAAAGAGUGUGAAAAGGAAUUUGAACUCAUUGCUGGACGUAUUCCUAUGUCUUGGACGACAUCGAAAGGAUAUUUUGAAAAAGGCCACGCGGAUGGUACAAAUUACUGGGAGAAAAAUCUUGACUAUGAAGGGUGGUAUAUCAAAAAUGUAGAUCCCGAUCGUCAGAAUGCCCGACGCGAGAUGCAAGGCUGGAUUGAAAGCGGCUAUAAUCAACCUAAACACUAUGCAAGUAAAAACAGGCGUGGGUAUCGUAGACUGGUAAAGGACAUUGAAACUAUGAUGGAAACCUCGAUGGAAGACCUCUAUACGAAGAAUAGGGAACAACUUUUUCAAUACCUGAUUCGAGAAGUUCAUCCUGAAUCAAAUCGUAUCAAUGCCGAACGUACUUUGGCAAGGCAGGACGACGACUUCUACUCCACUAAAUUUGAAGAAUACGAAAAGUAUUUGAAACAAGCUAUGCGUGAGAUGCCUAACCCACGUCUAUGGAAGACGGAUGCGUUUUAUUUUCGGUUACGUUACCUCAUUGCUCCACUUGAGUACAAUUGGGCUAAGGUUCCUAUUGGCAAAUUGCAGGAGAAACUUUUCAACGGAUGGAUUUCAGAUAAUGCCAACUAUGCGGUUAUGAACAGUUUAAUAUUUUCCUCAAUUAAAAAUGACAAGACACGAAACCCAAUGGCCAAUACUUGGGGAGAUUUUUACACAAGCUACGACCCAGAUAUCCCUGAAACACGUAAACUUCCCUGGUAUCACCCUGAGUUUAACUAUGAUCGUCGUCACAAGUGGGAUGAAAGGUGUAUGCGAAUGAAACGCUGGGUUCAGGGGGGAACUAUAGAUAGCAAAUUACCUUUUUUUGAUAGUAUUAUUGCAGAAUGGGAACAAUAUAUAAAUCGCCCAGAGCGCUUUCGCGCACCAGAUAGUGCAGAACGUCGCUAUGGUGCACCCAGGAUGGUUCAGCUGUACAGGUCACUUAAUCGUCUCAUGGAUGUUGCUUUGGCAAAUCAGCUUCGUAAGGCUCUUGAAAAGGCGUCGGGAAAAUCAAUGGAGCAGUUAUCUAACCAAUCGGUGGCGGAAAUACAGGCUUUGCUAGCAACAUUGGAUCUCACUAAGUUUCGUUUUGAUGUCCCGAUAGUUAUUUAUCCCGAUGAAGUUGCCCAGCCAAGCCUUGGAUUGGAUGGGGCUCCUGUUGCUUCUCACGCCUGA